UUAAUUUUAUUGUUCUAAUCUAACUUCCUAACUUGACAAGCAGUAAGCUCAUAGGAUAGUUUGUUACAAAAUAAAAAAUAAAUAAAUUAUGUAUAACUAUAAGCCCAGUAAUAUUACUGAUACUAAUAUUAGUGGUAAUGCUACUAAAUUUAGUCCUACUAAUACUAACAAGGACGUGGAAAUACCUACUGUUGGUACAAGUAGUAUUAAUAAGGACGUGAAUGUGGGAUUUUCUUGUGACAAAGAAAAUUACAGUACAAUUAUAAGUGGGGUUAACUCCAGCAAACAUUUACACUUACAGAAUGGUUUUCCAGAGGCGUUGACUGUUGAUCUGAUACCAGCUACGAGAAAAGGCAAUCCAACUUUUGGUAAUAAAACAAUAUUCUGGAAAACAGCAUGUAAUGUCAGAAAACUGAGAUCUAAUUUUAAAGAAAAGUUCAGUAACUUUAGUGAGGCUAAUGACCAAUCACUGUUACUUCGAAGAGACCAGUCUCCUAUCUACUUGCAGUUCAAUCCAUACAUUUUUAAAGGUUAUAGGCCCAUUUUGACAACCUGGGGUUGUAUACGAAGUCUGUUCUACCUUCACAAUGAAACAGUAAAUAUAGUAACCCAUGCCUUGGCUUUAAUGUAUGCACUCAUCUGCCUACCAACCCUGUUACCAUGGCACCAGAUACAAAUACCUGUCUUGCCUUAUUGCCAUGUAGUUGCCACAUUUGCACCAUGGUUAGGAAGCUUUAUAUACCACUUGUUCAUGAAUCAUGAAGGAGGAUGUAAGACCUACAUGAAACUCUUGAAGUGGGACAUAAUAGGCAUCUGGAUUACACAGACCUGUGGAGCUUUCACCACCAUUUAUGCUGGGACGGCUUGCCUGCCCUUAUUGUUAUGUUAUGGUGUAAGGUUUAUGUACUUGAUGUUCUGUAUGAAAGCUCUCUUCGCAGCUACUUUUGCCUCAAGUGCUUGGCAGAGACGAACCAGUUUCCUAUUCUUGCUGCUUAUGCGUUUGUUUGUUCUGUGUAUUAGACUAACUACAUUUGGUGGAGGCCAUUCACAGGCUUUAGUACAUGUGAUAAUGCAGGAGAUGUGGUCAGUGACAGGAGCAGUUAUCAGUGCUACACAUGUGCCAGAACGGUGGUUACCAGGGAAACUUGACAUAGUAUUUAACAGUCACAACAUCAUGCAUGUUCUAGUGAUAUUUGGUGUAAUGCAUAUGCAUUGGGCUGUUGAAAAGGAUUUCACUUGGCUCUCAGAAGGAGGAUGCAUUCCUUGAUAUAAUUUUGAUUUAAUAGUUUGGAUAGUAAUUAAAUUCACUUUGGGAAAACUUAACUAACAAAUAUAAAAGCUUUUUUUUUCUGUAGAAAACCAUCAUAAAUCUUUGCAGUUUCUGUAAUUUCUUGUCAUUUUUACUGUACUAUACUUAAACUCAUAACAUGAAAUGUUGCACUGGUAUUUAAAGUUAAAAUGCUGGUUAGUAUGGACACACAAGUCUGUAAAUACUAUUUAAUGCUUUAAUAUCAUUGUUUUAAAUUAAACUUCAUUGAUCUUUAGUAUGCUAAUAUUUUAUAAAAUACUACAAAGAAGUGCCUUUGUUUUUAUAUUGCUUUACAUCAAUAAAAUUAAAACUCAAUCACCAUUUGAACAGGUUAUUACACUUUCUUUUUGAUAUGAAAGUUUGGUGAAUAAUUAGUUAUUUUGAUAGAAAUACAUAAUAAUUUGAAUUUAUAAUACUCUUUUGGGGUGAAAUAUUUCCCACUUACCUUUUGUCAUUUUCUCCAACACUGUAUGUAACUCAUUUCUUGGUUAUGAUUCUAUUUAAUCAACCAUGCAUACAUAUACCAAUGGAAAUAUUCUUCUCAUAACUGCAUUGUAUAUUCAUGGAAAUACCUUAUUAUACAAUACAGGUUAGGGCUGACAUCAGUCUUAGUAUUUUACAAAAAUUAUAACAUUUGUAGGCUCAAAGGGAUGAACAUGGAUAGUUUAACACUAAUAUAGGCAGUAUUUUCAAAAUUACUUUGAUGUAUAAUGUAUUCUAACAUUCUCCUUAGUUUCACUAAGAUUGAAUAGCAGACAAAGUCGUGUAAUACGGUAAAAAAAUCUAAACAAAAAUUAUGUACAUCAAAAAUUUCAGCUGCACACCCAGUAUUAAAGGUAUACAGAAUCGUACCUUAAGUAUUUAUAAAAAUACACUUUUUAUGAUAUGCUUUAUAUUUAACAGGAAAAACACGAGUGAACAAUGGUAUUGUGUUUAUUAAGAGCUUUUGAUAAAAAAUAAUCUAAUUAGAUUAUAACAUAAAAGUCAGUAGACAUUAACUAAGCUGAUUCUAUAUAAUAAGCCAACUCAGACUUUUAAAUAUAAAUCAAUUCAUAAAAAAAUCCCAAUAAUACUUCAUGAAGUUUUUUCAGAUUUUUUGUACAUUUAGAUAAAUAUUUGCAUACUUCUAGUCAUGUAAGAUGUGAAUAUAUGGAGUUAUACAGGGUAAUUCAGAAGUCCACUGACAAGGAAAUAAUACUGAAAUGGAGAAGUAUAGGAAAAUAACUGUUAGGAUGUGGAAUAAGGUUUUGUCGGCCUGCCCUGGGAUAAUAUCAUUGGGUCAUUCAAAGUUAUGUUCAUGGUGUUGUCUUUUGUAUGAGGUAUUAGUAUGCAUCACACACCCAAAACGUAAAUGGCAAAACAUUUUAAAUCAAAAACUACCAAAAUCUCUCCCCAAGAACAACAGUUAUAAGCAUAAAUACAUGUAUCCAUUCUAUGCAUAUGGAGUUGUGUCACAAAAAAUCAAAAUCCUACCAUAGCAUAUUGUGUUCCACCAGUGUUUGCUGUACAAAGUCAGAAUUUUGCAUUAGCCGGUCACUGCACUUCAAAGGGUAAAAAAAGAUUAAAAAUUUUAGAAAAAACUCCCUACAUAAGAUAGCACACAAGCAUUGUGCUGUUGUUGCUUUUAAAUCAUCCAAAAUUAUGGCAUAUAUUCAGUUGAAGGACAGUUUAACAAGGUCCUACUGUAUGGAGAGUGUCACCAGGAUGCUCAAGUUUCUGCCAGGUUGUAUGUAGAACAGUUUUUAGAUGAGCGUCAUCAGUUAUUUGGAAACUACAGAUACCAUAUGGGCAGACCAAGAACACCAGCAUCAACCAGUAUUGACAAUACAAUAGCUGGCAUUUAUUAUAUUUGGGCAGCUCUUUGAACACAGUUAUUGACUGAUUGCUAAAUUUAGUAAAACUAUUAAAAUAUUUAUCUCCUUUGCAUGUAAUUAUUGUUAUAAAAUGUUUCAUUUGUUAUUGCUUACAUCUUUAUAAUUGGCAUUUUUAGUGUAUGAUACAUACUAAUAAAAGUUUUGAAGGACAUAACCUCAAGGAUAUUGUCACACAGUAGACCAACACCACUUCAUUCCAUACCACUAAUAAUUAUUUUACUAAAUCUUUUCAUUUCUGAAUUAAUUGCCUGUCAACAGACUUCUGAAAUACCAGGUAUGGUAUAUAAAAUGCCCUUUCAUUACAGUAGAUUUAGAAUAAAAAUUAAAGUGCAAAUUCUUUUUUUUAAUUUAGAAUUUGUGUCUUUUGGCAAAAACAUUUUAUGGAACCAGUUGAAAAUAAAGUAUAGAUAUCUAAAGGUUGAAUAUAGUAUAUAGAAUACUUUAUGCUGACAAAUCCAUCUAUUUAAAAAUAUAGAGUGCUAAAAUGAGUGUUUUCUGUUUUGUCAAUUUUGACUACUAUAUUUUCCACUUGAGGAUUGUAUGCAACUCUGUAUUCAUACAAGUUUCAAGGGGUGGUAUCCAAAGCAGGGCUGA